AUGGCCGACACAUCGGACGGCGCUCGCCUCAAGGUAUGGCCCAACAAGGUCGCGGGCAGCGACCCAACCGACCCCGGGGGCUGGCUUGGUCGCAUAAAGAAGGUGACCAGCGGCAAUGUGAUGCUGCGCCUCGCCAUCCCGUCCGGGGUGGCUAUGGAAGACUUCUCUUUCAAGGAUUUCACCGGCACUACGUCGAGGCGGUGUGGUCCGCAAGUUGGUCAGCUCCUUCAUUCGGCUCCUGAGGUUUGUCUCAACUCCCGCGCGGGGAACAUUAACAUCAAGCCCCCAAGUGGCAGGAAGUCGCUGUGGGUUUGCGAGGGUUUUGACAAAUCCAAGAUGAGCAUCAAGUGCCAAAAGCGGCGUUGA